GAUGAAAAAGUGCGAUGUCCAAUGAGUGGAAGGCCACUGAAGUUCAAGGACCUCAUUCCGGUCAAGUUCACACCUAUAAAUGAUAGAGAUAGCCAGACUUCAGUCAUUUCUAAAAUUAACCGUUACGUUUGUGCUGUAACAAAUGAUGUUCUGGGAAACUCUGUACCAUGUGCUGUACUCAGACCAUC